GUUCCAUUUUUGGAGAAAAAGAAUGAUAAAUAGCUAGAAUGUUUGAGUUCUUUCUGUUUCAUAGGAUAUUUUUCCAGAAAAGAGGAAAUUAUUAUGGAAGAAUUAAAAUUAAAAUCCCCAUUGAUCAUAGCAGUAAUAGAUGAUUCAAAAUCCAAUGAUACAGUUGCUGCCAAAUUAGCUUCAUUUCUGAAAUACCCUCUCAUUGAUCAAAAUGAUAUCACCAGAGCCCUUCUAAACUUAAUCGCACCAACCCAACUCCCUGAUGAAUUAACAAGCAACUUACCUUUCGAAACUGUUUGUCAAAUCACUUCAACCCAACUCGAUUUGAAUAUCAAUCUUGUCCUCAAUCUUGCGCCCUCCCACAGUACUCAUCUCAAAAAAUUGGUAGGAUUGGCAAGUUCAAGAAAAGCUCAUUUGAUCAUCAUGGAAUGCGGAUCCCAGAAUAAUAAUAAUCGCGGUUAUGAUAUUGAGCGAGUCCCAAAGAUUAGAGUUGAUAAAAAUUCACUUGAUCUGCAGAAAAUUGUGCCUGAAAUGUUCAUUUUACUGAAGAAAAAGGAUGAAGAUGAUGCAAUGGAGACUGAGAACCUGGAAAAAAGCAACAUCAGACAACCGACAAAUGAUCACUUGCAUGCGUUGAACUUUUAUGACCAGCAGAAAAACAUUGAAUUUGAAUGUAGAAGAUGCUCAAGACCCUGUGAUGGCACUUCCUAUAAAUGCGAAGAUUGCGAUGAAUUUAACCUUCACAAAGUUUGUGCAGAGUCUGCUUCAAAAGUAAGUGACUGUCCUCCUUUUCUGAGAAGUGUUAAACCUAAUCAUUAUGACUUCCCAAAAACAUAUAAAUGCAAGAACUGCCAAAAAGUCUCAUAUGGUCUUUUCAUAUGA